AUGAGGAUAAAACACGAGUUGCAUUCUACUCAAGACUUGCUCACUAUAAUUCAGUGCACAGGGGAUUCAUCACUACGCCACUCAAUUAUUGUCUUUGUCGGCAAUCUUCAUCUAGCUGCUGUGCGAAUGCUGGCGGGGCUCCAGAGAGUUGAACGUCAUGAUGGUCGCAUAGUGAUGAUGGAAUACCAGGGUUCGAGCGCCCCUGAAGAAACUCUUCUACUAGCUGGAAAGGGUAUCACCUUUGACACCGGUGGUGCAAACAUCAAGAUUGGGAAAUUCAUGCAGGGAAUGCACCGAGAUAAGUGCGGAGCCGCGGCAGUGGCUGGCUUCUUCAAGACCGUCAGCAUGCUGAAGCCUAGCUCUCUCAAGGUGAUGGGUUUCAUGGCAUUCGUUCGGAACAGUGCAGGUGCCGACGCCUACAUCCCGGACGAAAUCCUCACCAGCCUUGCCGGCCGCCGUGUACGAGUUGUGAACACGGACGCUGAGGGUCGUGUUGUUCUAACUGACAUGCUCUAUUAUGCGAAAGAGGCGGCCCUCAAUGAAACAAAUCCGCACAUUUUUGCCAUCGCAACGUUAACUGGACACGCAAGAGCAACCUACUUGGAGUACUCAGUAAGUCUACCAAUGCUUUCCUAUGCGUGUUUCAGGGUUACCUCAUAA